UGCCUCGCUGAGAUGUUUGCGUCCGUGUAGUCCCGACUGUCUUGUGUCUAGUCUAACUUUAUAACAUGGACUCCCGGCGGCGCCCCCCAGAGAGACCACGAAGAAAACCUCGCGAUAAAUCCCCUGCUGUUGGUUUAUUAUCAGAGGGGUACAGUGUAGAUGUAGAUUCAGAAGAAGUACCACCAAGAUUGAUUGACAGCCAGAUUGAUAAAGUUCUAGAGAGACCAGUCAGAAGAAGGACGGUAAACAAACGAGCUGCUGAAAUUACCGAAGUUAAGACUGUACCUAAACAGACACCAAACACUACUGAAGAUUCAAACGAAAGUGAAGGAGACACAGUCAAGGCUACAUUUCAAGUUCUUGUGAAAGACGUAGAAAUUAAAAAAGUUCCACUUCGAGAAUUUCAACGACUAGCGCCACGAGAGAAAGAGGGAGAGCUUCAGAAAACUCUACCCGACAAAAACUUAGAAGUUGGGAGUUUCUUUCGACUCCACCAUACUGUAAGAGAGGAAAAUCAGUUACCCAAAGAAGGCGAGCUGGCACGGUUGGGGAAAAAGGAUUUUGAAAAAAGACCGAGUGAGAAAAGGAAAGAGGAGGAAAAAGAGUCUGGUAGAGAAGAAAUAUCAGACAACAUUGAAAGAACAAUGUCCGAAGAACAUGUAAUAGCAGAGCCAGUACAGGUGGUGAUUGCCAAGCCAAAACAUCAAUUUGAGCUUGAUGAGGAAGCCUUGGCCAGGGUUCUGUUACACCAAGAUAUCAAAGACAAGCAUGUGGUUGUUGUCUCUGUUGCUGGUGCUUUUCGGAAAGGAAAAUCAUUUCUACUUGACUUUUUCCUGCGGUAUAUGAAAUCAAAGUAUUCCUCGAUCAGUCUUGGCAGCAAAGGGGUAGACUGGCUGGGACCAGAUGAUGCUCCACUGGAAGGCUUCUCUUGGAGGGGUGGUUCUGACCGGGAAACUACUGGCAUUCUGGUGUGGUCCGAAGCUUUUGUCGCUCCUCUACCCUCCGGUGAAAAGGUGGCAGUUCUGCUGAUGGAUACCCAAGGAGCGUUUGAUCAGGAGAGCACUGUCAAGGACUGUGCCACUGUGUUUGCUCUAAGCACUAUGGUCAGCUCUCUGCAGAUAUAUAAUCUAUCACAGAACAUACAGGAAGAUGACCUAAUGAACCUUCAGUUGUUCACGGAGUAUGGUAAACUCGCUCUGGAGGACUCUGGAAACAAACCGUUUCAAAAACUGAUGUUUCUAGUCAGAGACUGGAGCUACCCGUAUGAGGCCAAGUACGGUUUGCAGGGGGGAGCCCAGCUAUUGGCAAAGAGACUACAGAUUAAAGAAGACCAAGACCCUCAGCACCAAACGAUCCGAAGACAUAUUAAAGAAUGUUUCACAGACAUCAGUUGUUUCUUGUUACCACAUCCUGGGUUCAAGGUAGCGACCAACCCAGAGUUUGAUGGCAAGUUGAAAGAUAUUGAACCAGACUUUGUAGAAAACCUGAAAACAUUGAUCCCUAUCUUACUAUCCCCUGAAAAUUUGAUUGUUAAAGAAAUUGGAGGACAGAAAGUAAAAGCAAAGGAGUUGAUGCAAUACUUCAAGUCUUACAUGAAAAUAUACAACAGCAACGAACUGCCAGAGCCAAAAACCAUGCUUGUGGCAACUGCCGAGGCCAACAACCUGUCAGCUGUGGCUGCUGCCAAGGAGACGUACCAUCAGCUGAUGGAGGCUGUGUGUGGGGGAGCCAAGCCUUACCUCAGUUCAGCCCACCUGGAGACUGAGCACCUUCGUAUCAAGGACAAGGCCAUGGAGUUGUUCAUCAAGAAACCCAAGAUGGGUGGAGAAGAAUUCUCUAGACUCUACAAGGAAAAGCUGGAGGAGGACAUUGAUGAACAGUUCAACGCUUUCAAAGCACAUAAUGAAAGCAAAAACAUCUUUAAGGCAGCUCGAACACCGGCUGUGUUCUUUGUGAUUGCGACUGUGUUCUAUGUGAUAUCAGGAGUGUUCGCAUUAUUUGGCCUUUACCCUCUCGCCAGCACAUGCAACAUGGUCAUGGGCAUCGCUCUUCUAACACUCAUCCUCUGGUCAUAUAUUAGGUACAGUGGAGAAAUGAGGGAACUUGGAGAGCAGCUCGAUGAAAUAGCAAACCUCAUUUGGGACAAUGUGAUGAAGCCGGUGUAUCAGCUGUUUGUAGAGAAGAGUCUAGAACACGCUGCCAGUCAGGCUGCCAACCUUGCUACACAGAAUGGCAAGGUGAAGGGCUCGUGAUAGCGACCACUCACCUACCACACUCACCAGUGCCUCCCCCCCAGUAACAGAUCCAUAGGUUGUUAAAAACUGUUGUGAAUAGUUAACCAAAAAGGCACGAUUGUUAUCUUGUAAAUAUAUAUCUUUGUUAAUACAUAUUUCUUCCCUGGUUAUACUUUGCAUUUGUUUUUAUCACAUUUCAUCUUCUUAUGAUAAUUUCUAUUAUAAUUAAAUUUCUAGCUGUACACCUGUGUUUAAAAUUUAUUGUGAUAUCGCUUUUUGAUUUAUUUACUAUUUAUUUACUUAUAAAAUUAAUCCUUUAUUACUGUUUGUAUGGAGUAAUGUUUUUUUAAUUGGUUUUUGUCUAGAUGUCGAUUUCCAAUUUCAUUAUUUGUACGUACGAUCGGGUAAUUUAGAGUAGCAUAAUUUUAUACAUUUUUAUUUUGUACAUAAAAUGUCCGUUUUCAAAACAUAGUCUUUCAUCAAAUAAAUUAUUUAAGUGUGAAUUUGUGGUUUGUUAUUACUGAUUAAUGAGUCAAGCAAAAAUAUAUUGUACUUGUACUAUAUAAAAUUGUACAUUAUGAUGAUUUUAAAUGUAUUCAAAUGUCAUCUUAAACUGGGUACUAUGUUUAAAUACAUGUAAAAUAUGUCUUAAAUACACAACUACAAGUAUUUAAAUAUUUCUACUUUUGUGAAAAAUUAUAUCAAAUAUAUAAACUAUAGGAUGAAAACCCUUCAGAACUAUUUCCUUUAAAUAUUUUACCCACACAUAAUCAUAAUGAAUCAUUACAUUUGAUCCUUCCUUAUAGUAAAAAAAGAGAGAUUAUUGAUGUCUUCAUGAUUCUCCCAAUAUAUAUGUAAAUAGAACAUGAACAAAGGUUUAUUGUACAUCACUAUUUAGAUUCUCUUCAAUAUACAGUGCCAUUUGUUAGUAACUAUUCAUAGCCAUAGACAAGCAGCUAUAGUAUUGCCUAGUGCCUUACCAGUGUAUUUAAUUGUUUGUGGCAUAAAAUGUGUUUCAUGUAUUAGUACUAAUCAAAAAGUUCAGUAAUACUUCUAACGAAACCGAAAUAGUUCAUUAAUUUGUUAGUCUAGCAUUCCUCCCUCUGUUUUAAAAUGCAAUUCAGUUAUUUCGUCUUGAGUACAGUAGAACUCCAAUAAUCCUAAUUUCAACUAACCGAAUCACAGAUUAUUUAAAUAGCUUACAGAAAGAAUUUUAAUAGCCUAAAACUUAAGUAAUAAGGAAUUUUAUAGAAGAAGGCAGAUCACCAGCAAUCACACGACAGCUAGAAUUUUUCGCAAUAUCAUCUUUAAUAAUUAUGUUGCGUGAAAAUCGAGCCACUCGCACACCUUUACUAAACAACUUAUACAUCAUUUUUAGUAUUUGCAGGUGUAUAAUCUGUAAAAAUGUUCUCAUUUUAUUCACCAGUAUUUAAAAUUUCUUUCAGUACCAAAAUUUAAGUAUUUCCUUUAAAAUGCCCCAAAUUUCGGAAACAAUAAAAUUAUACACAUUUGUUAUCAUCCCAAUUUGGUAUGGUCCCAGUUGAUUGGAUAAUUGAAGUUUUACUGUAGCUAUGUAUUUAGUGUAUUUGGCUGUCUAAACUUUUAUUCUGUACUGAAACUUACAGAAAUGAACGCAAUAUUUGUUUGCCACAAUUAACAUUUUACUAGUUACAAAGACCAUAACUCAUCUAUUGAGGGUUGUGUGAUCAAUAAAAUCCUCAUAGAGUAGGGCUUCCUCAUUACUUAGUUUAUGAAGGGAGCUACCUUUUGAUCAUACCAUUUCGGUAAUUAAAGAUUCUCUUAACACAUAAUUUUACAAAACAUUCAUUUUUAUUCUACAAGUCUAUUUUUUUAUUUUUGUUUUUUUACAUUAAGCCAUUAUAUUGUUAACCCCUCUUACAUUACAAUAAUUCUACAAAUACAAAUAAAUUAAUCAUAAGGCAAAACAUCCGCUAAUCCAUGAUUAUCACACAACUUACAUGCUUAUAAUCUUAAAUAUAAGAAAUUUGUUCAAUAUAAGAAUUGUUUAUUGCUUUUAGAUGAUGAAAAUAACUAUGUUUAAAUUUCUGGAAUAAGAGUAAAAAAGUUUAAUCUAUUAUUUGUUUAAAUUAUAUUAUUUUAAGGUUAUAAAAGAAUUUAAAAGAAAAAAAUAUUUAUUUUUGUACGAUAUAGAUAAUUAUAGCCUAUGUUAGAUUAAAUUAUUAUUCAUUUUUUGAACAGCUUUAGUUGAACUUAUCGUGCAGUAUUUUUUUUAACAGUUAUGUUUUAAAAACUUUCCUUCAAAGUCUUUUUGCUUGACAGUUUUACUUAUUGUUUUUUUUUUUAUGUGUGUUAUGUCUGUGUCAAUAAUUAUAAUAUUAAUAUUAUUAUUUUGCUCACUUCCUGUUACAUUGUUACAAUAAUCAAAGUUUUAAUUAGUAAGUGAUCUUGUGAUAAAAAUGUUGCCAAGUGUAAAAAUGUUGAUUGGGUCUUUUGGUAAAUAAACCUAUUUUUAUAAAAA